AUUGGCAUCAUCAGAUAUAAUAAUACUGACGAAUCAGACAAAAAAGAUCCCCACUAAAUGAUUCGCAUUUCUUUUCCAGAAGUCCUGACGUCCUAAUAUCAAUUCUUCUUAGUUCGUGGACAUUGGGCCAGAGGUAGAUUCUGCAAUUCCAACACCAAGAAGAAGACACCCUGACCCAGGACCUUAAACGUUAGGACCGGGGAAGAGGAAAAGGAAGGGGAAGGAGGAAAGAGAAGGGAAGACUAGGACAACACUGCGAAUCACCAGAAACUUUCCAUCCUGGAUUCUCUACUUUUGCUCCAUGGACAGAGCCCCAGCCAGCCAAGUUUCAGACAGACCGUGAGCAGUCCCUGCGCGUUUUAUUGCGACCUGCCGGUGGGAACUUUGUCUCCAAAUCGGAGCAGCAUGGAGCGGCGGAGCGAGAGCCCGUGUCUGCGGGACAGCCCCGACCGAAGGAGCGGCAGUCCCGACGUCAAGGGGCCUCCCCCGGUGAAGGUGGCCCGGCUGGAGCAGAACGGCAGCCCCAUGGGAGCCCGCGGGAGGCCCAACGGCGCCUUGGCCAAGGCCGUGGGAGGUAACAGCCCGGAGCUGGGAGGUUUGAUGAUUCCAGUCUUCUGUGUGGUGGAGCAGUUGGAUGGCUCUCUCGAGUAUGACAACAGAGAAGAACACGCUGAGUUCGUCUUGGUGCGAAAAGACGUGCUUUUUAGCCAGCUGGUGGAGACAGCGCUCCUGGCCCUGGGGUACUCCCACAGCUCUGCAGCGCAGGCCCAAGGAAUAAUCAAGCUGGGGAGGUGGAACCCCCUGCCCCUUAGUUAUGUGACAGACGCCCCGGAUGCGACUGUGGCUGACAUGCUGCAAGACGUCUAUCAUGUUGUGACACUGAAGAUCCAAUUACAAAGUUGUUCGAAGUUGGAAGACUUGCCUGCGGAGCAAUGGAACCACGCCACAGUCCGCAAUGCCUUAAAGGAACUACUCAAAGAGAUGAACCAGAGCACGUUAGCCAAAGAAUGCCCUCUCUCCCAGAGUAUGAUUUCAUCCAUUGUAAAUAGCACAUACUAUGCCAAUGUGUCAGCAACCAAGUGCCAGGAGUUUGGGAGAUGGUAUAAAAAGUAUAAGAAGAUUAAAGUGGAAAGAGUGGAGCGAGAAAACCUUUCAGACUAUUGUGUUCUGGGCCAGCGGUCAAUGCAUUUACCAAAUAUGAACCAGCUGGCAUCCCUGAGUAAAACCAACGAACAGUCUCCUCAUAGCCAAAUCCACCACAGUACUCCAAUCCGAAAUCAAGUGCCCGCAUUACAGCCCAUCAUGAGCCCUGGUCUCCUCUCACCCCAGCUCAGUCCACAGCUUGUGAGGCAGCAAAUAGCCAUGGCCCAUCUGAUUAACCAACAGAUAGCCGUUAGCCGGCUCCUGGCUCACCAGCAUCCUCAAGCCAUCAACCAGCAGUUCUUGAACCAUCCACCCAUCCCCAGAGCAGUUAAGCCAGAGCCAACCAACUCCUCUGUGGAAGUGUCUCCUGAUAUCUACCAGCAAGUUAGAGAUGAGCUGAAGAGGGCCAGCGUGUCUCAAGCUGUCUUUGCAAGAGUGGCGUUCAACCGCACACAGGGGUUGCUGUCAGAGAUACUGCGGAAGGAGGAAGACCCCAGGACCGCGUCCCAGUCUCUUCUAGUAAACCUAAGGGCCAUGCAGAACUUCCUCAAUCUGCCUGAAGUGGAGCGUGAUCGCAUUUACCAGGAUGAGCGAGAGCGGAGCAUGAACCCCAAUGUGAGCAUGGUCUCCUCAGCCUCUAGCAGUCCCAGCUCCUCCCGAACCCCGCAGGCCAAAACCUCGACACCGACAACAGACCUCCCUAUUAAGGUGGACGGCGCCAACGUCAACAUCACAGCUGCCAUUUAUGACGAGAUCCAACAGGAGAUGAAAAGGGCCAAGGUGUCUCAAGCCCUGUUUGCCAAAGUGGCUGCAAACAAAAGUCAGGGCUGGCUUUGUGAGCUGCUUCGCUGGAAGGAGAACCCCAGCCCAGAAAACCGCACCCUUUGGGAGAAUCUCUGCACCAUCCGCCGCUUCCUGAAUCUUCCCCAACACGAGAGGGACGUGAUCUAUGAGGAAGAAUCGAGACAUCACCACAGCGAGCGCAUGCAGCAUGUGGUCCAGCUCCCACCCGAGCCUGUGCAGGUCCUUCACCGACAGCAGUCCCAGCCGACCAAGGAGAGCUCCCCUCCUAGAGAAGAAGCGCCCCCACCACCUCCUCCGACAGAAGACAGCUGCGCCAAAAAACCUCGCUCUCGCACAAAGAUCUCCUUGGAAGCCCUGGGCAUCCUUCAGAGCUUCAUCCAUGACGUGGGCCUCUAUCCUGACCAGGAAGCCAUCCACACACUCUCGGCCCAGCUCGACCUCCCCAAACACACCAUCAUCAAAUUCUUCCAGAACCAGAGGUACCACGUGAAGCAUCAUGGGAAGCUGAAGGAGCACCUCGGGUCUGCGGUGGACGUGGCGGAGUAUAAGGACGAGGAGCUGCUGACCGAGUCGGAGGAGAACGACAGUGAGGAAGGCUCCGAGGAAAUGUAUAAGGUGGAGGCGGAGGAGGAGAAUGCCGCCGCCGAGAAAAGCAAGGCGGCGCCCGCCGAACCCGAUCAGAGAUAAUGUGCGCUCCACCAGGCAAAGCAAUAGAUGGGUCCAAGGACUUUCUCUUUUAGUUUCUUUAAAAAAAAAAAAAAUUCCUCUUGGCUUUGUUUUGUUUUGUUUUUAAAUGUCUGUUUUAUUUUUCUUACCCUUAAUGGCAUUCCUCCGUCACACAGGAUAGCCUAUAGACUGAGUAAACUCAGAGUCGCCUUGGCAAAGACACCAAGUGUUAAACUCUCACAAUUGACUGGACCAUAGUGAUUUUGGUCACGGGAGACCCUGCGUCAUUCUCCUUGCACUUACGGAAGAGACACCAGGCAAGUACCAGGAUGGAAAGACCCAGGAAAUAAAUGAAGGAAGCUACAAGUGUGUGUAUAUGUAUAUGUACAUAUCUCUAUAUUUACAUAUAUAUAUAUUAAAAUUGCAUGGGACAGAGAACUUUUCAAUCUCAAAGACUAGACUGUGAAAUGAGUUCUUAAAGAAAAGACUUGUUUAUGUAUAAAAAAUAUACCACUUCACAGUGAGUCGCUUUGACUUUUUGAGAAAACUGCGGCCUGCUCUCAGGGCGGGGUGACUAUUUUUGAAUUCCUAUUUAUUUUGUGUGUUUGUCCCUGAUUUU